UUUUUGUUGUAAAGGACAGGACGACUCCAUCCUGUGAUUCUGAAAGAGUUUACCCGUUGUGGUUGCGUCCCCAUUGCAACUCAGAAGGUGGUGACUCAGUGAGUGGACAGGGAAUUCAAGGACGGAGGAGAACUGACCUUGGGACCUGAGCUCAGACUGACCUCUAGCACCCAAGAACCAGACCCAAGACCAUGGGACCCCAGCAUUGGAGCCUUGUCAAGCUACUCUACCUCCUGGGGACCAUCUCCACUCUUCCUCUGGCUGGGGCUCUUUUGUGCUACGAAGCAACAGCCUCGAACUUCAGGGCAGUUACUCUCCAUAACUGGAAGUGGCUUCUGCUGAGGAGCAAGGUGUGCCAGAUGCGAGAGGGCUGCGAGGAGACGCUACUGUUCAUCGAGACAGGGACCCAAAGAGGAGUCGUGGGUUUUAAAGGCUGUACCACCGCCUUAUCUUAUCCCCGAGAAACAUCUUACCUUGUUUCACCGCCUGGCAUCUCCAUUGCCUCCACCAGCCGUGUCUGCCGGAGUUACCUCUGCAAUAACCUGACCAACUUGCAGCCCAUCGUGCAACUCAAGGCCAACACUUUUGCAUCUGUAGAAGCCUCUUCUCAAAGUUGCCCAACCUGUGUGGGCCCACACACUGAGGAGUGCCUCCCAAAUUUUGUCAGCAUUGAAUUUUGCCCUGAGGAAGCCUCUAGUUGCUACAGUUCCACCUUAAAAUUUAAGGCAGGGUCUCUCAAUUCCACCUUCCUCCUCAUGGGCUGUGCGCAUGAUUAUCAAAAUCUUUUAUCAGACUAUCGGUCUAUUGGGAGCAUCCGAGUGACCGAGGUCCGGAAUAUCUUAGAGAGGGCACGGCUUUCAGGCACAGAGGCCUCCUGUCGGGGACCUGCCUGUGGCAUUCUCUUAGGCCUCUUGCUCGCCUUCAGGGACUGA